CAGUGGAUGGAAAUCGCAGAGAAGUAGCUUCAACUGGAGAACCACUCAGCUCAGUCCACGCAAGACAAGAGGAAGCCCGACGUAGACGACGUAGGAAGCAUCGUUCGGGCUCAUCUCUCGUCUCGUCAUGCUUCCAAGAGCUGUACAAACUGACGGGCGAAGUACUGGGCGAGGGAGCGUACGCUUCAGUGCAAACUUGCACAUCCCUCUACACAGAUCUGGAGUACGCGGUUAAGAUUAUUGACAAGAUUCCCGGGCAUGCUCGCACCAGGGUCUUCAAGGAGGUCGAGACUUUCCAUCAUUGUCAGGGCCAUCCGAAUAUAAUCCAGCUGAUCGAGUUCUUUGAAGACGACGAGCGGUUCUAUCUCGUCUUCGAGAAGAUCAACGGCGGGCAGUUGCUGAGGAGGAUUCAAGAACGCGUUCAUUUUAGCGAGAGAGAGGCCAGUCAGAUUGUCAAAGAAAUUGCUGGAGCACUUCAUUUUCUUCACAAAAAAGGUAUCGCACACAGAGACUUGAAGCCAGAAAACAUCCUGUGCGUCCACCCAGACAAAUUGACGCCAAUAAAAGUUUGUGACUUUGAUCUUGGAUCUGGAAUUAAAUUCAACAACUCGCAAAGUCCCCUGGCGACACCGCAACUACUAACACCAGUUGGCAGCGCAGAGUUUAUGGCACCAGAAGUUGUCGAGGCUUUUAUCGGAGAGUCAAAUUACUAUGACAAACGUUGUGAUUUGUGGAGUCUUGGCGUGAUAAUGUACAUUUUAUUGUGUGGUUAUCCGCCGUUUUACGGCAACUGCGGCACCGACUGCGGCUGGGAGAAAGGGGAAAAUUGCCAGGCGUGUCAAGAAUUGUUGUUCACCAGCAUUCAGCAGGGGAUUUACGAUUUUCCAGCCAGAGAAUGGAAAGACAUUUCCGAGGACGCCAAGGAUCUUAUUCGCGGGCUGCUUGUCAAAGACGCCCACCAGAGAUUGAGCGCCGAGUGCGUUCUCAAUCAUCAGUGGAUCAAUCCUGGGCCUACUAUCACUGUUGCUGGCAACAGGCCACUCAUUACACCUGAAAUAAUAAGAAGGAACAAUUCCGCCCGUGAACUUUCAGCGUUCGCCGAGUCAGCAAUGGCAGUGAAUCGCGUAGUGCAUCAGCACUUUUCAAUAAACCAUCUCGAAGAUCUGGCGGAGAUUCGUGAACCCAGGCUGUCGACCUCCUCGACGGACGAUGACAAUCAUCCUUACGGCCAUAUGUCUGAUACCAGCAGCGAAGGCUCGGAGCCCAGCAAACACUGUGUUGCUCACUCUUCCAGUGAAUUUGAUUCUAAUUCACGCCGCAAGUCAUGCUCCAUGCACUCAACCAUCGAGCACAGUGAUUCCAAAUUCAUCGGCGAUAGUCGUCUCAACGGUAAAGACGCGCUGACUCAUCUCUACGGUCUGUCACCGCCGAGUGAGAUUUAUCAAAAUCCAUUAGUAUAA